GCGAACCUUGAUAACAAAGGUUCAACAAAUGGCAAGCAGUCGUCGAGAAGCAAUAACAACGAUACGGCACCUUCGAAGUGUGGCUCAAGCGCUAUGGCACUGGAUGCUGAGUACAUUCGCACUAAUCCGUGGACGCCUUCGGAAAUAAUCAUAAACUCGAUCAAGAAUGCUGACUCUCGAGAGUGUAUGUGA